AUGAAUGGGAGUAGUCAAAUUGAAUCAAUACCACUUUGUCAUAGAGAUAAGACCUCAUUGAUUACUGUGAAAUCAUUAGAGACUAUUUCAGGUCCUAGGUCGAAAAUUUUUUAUCAGAAAACAAGUAAACUUAUUGUCAUGUCACUGUCAGGAUCUAGAUACUACCACAAUAAGCCUUUUUUCACUCACCAAUGUGUAGUAUUGAUCUCUGCAGCCCAAAAUGAACAACAUGUUGAACGAUGA